ACAUGCUCCCACUCCUCCUCCUCUUCCUCUUAACCAGCCUAACACACGCCGCCACCGUCGUAGUAGACACACACAACAUCACGAAAGGCGCGACCAUCACGAAACCCGGCUGCCACAGCAAGUGCGGCAACCUGACCGUCCCCUACCCUUUCGGCAUCGGCCUCGACUCCGGCUGCGGCCUCAACAGAGACUUCGAGCUCAACUGCACCACCGCCUUCGGCGCCCCACGCCUCCUCUACGGCAACAUCCCCUUCUUCGACAUCUCUGACGACCGCUGCCGCAUCUCCAACGUGGUCGCCCGGAAAUGCUACGACAGAGCAGGGUCGCCGACGCAGCAAAACAUCGCCUCCUCCGACAUCAGGGAGACGCCCCUGAGCUACUCCCCGCUCAACAAGUUCACGGUGAUCGGUUGCGACGACGUCGCCCUGGUCACCGGGGAAGGCAGCCGCAACUUCACCAGCGGCUGCGUCACGGUCUGCUCCAGAGCGGAGGACGUGAUCGGAGGCUCGUGCUCCGGCAUCGGCUGCUGCCAGAUUUCGCUGCCAAAUGGGCUCCAGUACUAUGAGACUACUAUCGACAGCUUGAGCAACCACACUAAUAUCUCUGAUUUCGGGCAAUGCAGCUACUCCUUCUUCGGGGAGGAGAACCGCUUCAAGUUUCGCGGCGCAGCGGACCUUUCCGAUCCCAAUUUUAUGCAGCGGGUCAAGGAUACGGUCCCAAUCGUCUUGGAUUGGGCUAUUGGGAAUGCCACCUGCGACCAAGCUGCGGCGGCGGCUGACUACGCUUGCAAGGCUAACAGUGCUUGCGUUGAUUCCACCACCAGCUUGGGAGGAUACCGUUGCCGGUGUGAUUCCGGCUAUGAAGGGAACCCCUAUUUGGAUCCAGGCUGCAUAGGUGCCGGAUUGAGUUUCUUAGCCGUAAUUAUUGUCGCAACAUUGAUAUAUUUCAGCCUCAAGAAAAGAAAAUUGAUAAAACUAAGAGAGAAAUUCUUCCAACAAAACGGCGGUAUGCUUCUGAAACAGCAAUUCUCAUCCACCGAAGAAGGUAACUCCAUGGAAUCCACAAAGAUAUUCACGGCGGAGCAGCUCGAGAAAGCCACCAACAACUACGCCGACGACCGCAUCCUAGGCCGAGGAGGCUACGGCACCGUCUACAAAGGCAUCCUGCCCAACAACACCAUCGUCGCAAUCAAAAAGUCGCGAGUGAUGGAUGCUAGCCAAAUUGAGCAGUUCAUCAAUGAAGUCGUGAUAUUGACACAGAUCAAUCACAGGAAUGUGGUCAAACUGUUGGGAUGUUGUCUGGAGGCCGAGGUGCCACUUUUGGUCUACGAGUAUGUCUCCCAUGGCACUUCAGUUUUUUGCUAA